GGUGAUAACAAGCGUACAGACAGCUCCCGGCGAACAUCGAUACUGCUUAGGCAGACGACAAAUGCGACCAGUGACUAAUUUUUCGCGAAUUCAAAGUAAGACGACAUCCAUUCCGUUCCGCAUACCGUCUGUGAACUCCCAGUCAUGGUCAACUGAUCCCACGACAAGAUUAUCAUCAGCACCGCCACUACUAGCAUCACCACCAGCUUGAGAAUGCACAACAACAGGACGAACGACAAGAUAUCGUUUUCGUUCAACUCCAGUGGACGGUCGUCAUCCUCGUCGCGAUCGGUGGCCAUACCACCGCCGGCUAAUAGCGGAUUCAGCAAGCAGGGAUACUCUACUCUGAACGCGAUCAAUCACUCGGCCAUCACCACUACAUGGGGUGUACCCAAGAAACGAGCGAAAACUGAAGAAGAGUACUUUGAAGAUGAAGACGAACAACAACAUUCUCAACUUGAAUACAUUCCUGCGCCUGAUAGUCCCACUAACAAGAAAUCUGAGUGUGAUUCCGAUUCGUCCGAAGAUCCAUUAGAUGCUUUCAUGGAAGGCCUGGAAAAAGAAGUAAAGAAAGAAAAGACAUAUGGAAAAAAAGAAAAGAAAGAAGAAGAAAAGGGAAUUAGACAAGAUAUUGAAGAAGAAGAUGUAGAAGAAUCAUACUAUAGGUAUAUGGAAGAAAAUCCAAAUGCUGGUCUUGUUGAUGAAACCUCGGACAUUGAAAUUGAUUAUGAUGAAGAUGGAAAUCCUAUAGCUCCACCAAAGAAAAAAGAAAUUGAUCCAUUGCCUCCCAUUGAUCAUUCUUUGAUAAAAUAUAAGAGUUUUGUAAAAAACUUUUACACUCCACACAGUGAAAUAUCAUCUCUAUCUGUUGAUAAAGUAAUACAACUACGUAAAACCUUGGGUCUUCGAGUAAAUGGAGCUGAUUUACCUUAUCCAGUCACAUCAUUUGCUCAUUUUAAUUUUGAUGAUUCCUUGAUGAAAGCCAUUCGAAAAUCUGAUUAUACACAACCGACUCCUAUUCAAAGUCAAGCAGUUCCUGCUGCACUUGCUGGACGUGACAUUAUAGGUAUUGCUAAAACUGGUAGUGGUAAAACGUUAGCUUUUAUAUGGCCUAUGUUGGUUCACAUAAUGGAUCAACCAGAAUUAAAAGAAGGAGACGGACCAGUUGGUUUGAUACUGGCACCUACUAGAGAACUUUCACAACAAAUUUAUGUGGAAGCAAAGAAAUUUGGAAAAAUCUAUAACUUAAGAGUAGUGUGUUGUUAUGGUGGAGGUUCAAAGUGGGAACAAUCUAAGGCUCUUGAAGGAGGUGCUGAAAUAAUUGUGGGUACCCCGGGUAGAGUAAUUGAUUUAGUUAAAAUGUCAGCAACCAACUUGACCAGAGUAACAUUUCUUGUACUGGACGAAGCUGAUAGAAUGUUCAAUAUGGGUUUUGAACCUCAAGUACGUUCCAUUUGUGACCAUGUGAGACCAGAUCGCCAAACAUUGUUGUUUUCAGCUACAUUUAAAAAGAAAAUUGAAAAAUUAGCGCGUGACAUACUUACUGAUCCCAUAAGAAUUGUUCAAGGAGAUGUUGGCGAAGCAAACACUGAUGUAACUCAAAUUAUGUUGGUGAUGCCACAGAGUGAUAAAUGCCAAUGGCUGUUGGAUAACAUUGUUCAGUUUACAUCAACAGGUUCCAUUCUUGUGUUUGUUACUAAAAAAUUAGACGCUGAACAGCUAGCCAGCACAUUGACUAUGAAAGAGUAUGAAGUAUUACUGUUACACGGUGACAUGGACCAAGCCGAAAGAAACAAAGUUAUAACAAAAUUCAAAAAACAAGAAGUAAACAUAAUGGUGGCUACUGAUGUUGCUGCCCGUGGUCUAGAUAUAGCUCAUAUUAGAACGGUCAUAAAUUACGAUAUAGCUAGAGAUAUCGACACACAUACUCAUCGUAUCGGAAGAACGGGUCGGGCGGGAGAAAAGGGAACAGCAUUUACCUUAGUCACGCCAAAAGACUAUGAAUUUGCUGGUCAUUUGGUUAGAAGUCUUGAAGGUGUUGGACAAGAAGUACCCAAACCACUUUUGGAUCUUGCUCUGCAGAGUUCUUGGUUCAGAAAAAGUCGUUUCAAGGGAGGCAAGGGUAAAUCGGUGAAUACUGGUGGUGCCGGACUGGGAUACCGAGAACCAUCUGGUUCUAAUAACUAUUCUGCAUCAAGUUCGUAUCAAUGUCCUAAACCUGCAGCAGCAGCAGCAGCAGCUCCACCAAAAGCUGGUCCUGGUUCAGGAAGACUGAUGGCAUUGAAAGAAGCGUUUAAAAUGCAGUACCAAAAUCAAUUUAAAGCCAGUGAAGACCAUACAUGGGAACAAACAGUAGACUCUGGCCAAUCAGUGAAAGUACACACGGGUCCAUUAAAAGAACGAAAAGCCAAAAAAAACCGAUGGGACAACUGAAUUUAUUAAUAAGUAAAAAUAUUUUUCAUGCUUUGAUCUUUAAUCUAUAUCAAUAAUAAGACUUAAAUAAUUUUAGUUAUUUGUCUUUUUAAUUUUAGUUGCAAUUUUCACUUUGUUAUAAAUUUAGUAUCUUAUAAGACAUAACAUCAACUACUUGUAAUAAUUGUAUAUUUAAUUGCCAUCAGAGACGACAAUAAUAAUAAAACAUA